UAUGACAACUCCCGGGGAGCAGGUCGCCUGUUGAUGACGUUAUAAGAACGGUGACCCAGCGGCGUCUCCUAGCAACCGGCACAACAAGCCAGGGACAAGGACGGGCAGGCAUUAUCAUGUCACAACUUAAGAUGGGCCCAUUUAUGUACACUGAUGACUUGUCUGACGCAAAGCUACUCCGGAGAGAAUUUCCAGCUCUCAAAGGUCUCUCUAGACUGGAGUUGUUAAGGAAUGAAUACCAAGAGAGGGCAAUUCGGGAGAAGGAAGAGAAGAUGGUGAGUCUGCUAACACAGCAACAAGAGCGUAUCUCCCAGAGGGUAAAUGGUUCUUCGCUGCACUCUACUCAUCCUGGUCUUAAACAGAAUCCAAUCCAUGCACUCAACCAUCCACCUCAGUGGGCCCAGGAAGAGAAGAUGUGGGCUUCUAAUUGGACAGUAUCCAAGAGGUCAGUGGGUGUAGACAGGGCACACCCUCUCAAACCAGUGGUUCACCGUAAAGCUGCACGGAAUGAACCAGAAGUUAGAAAAGUCCUACGUGCUCCAUCAGCUAAUUUCCCAGGCUUCAAAGAAUCACUGCCAGCCCAAAAACAGGUCAGGUCCAAAUCGGGACCCAAUCAGAGAGACUUGUGGAAACAGCUAGAGAACACGGAAUCUGACCUGGAAGCCGAGAUCCGCAAGAAAGAGACUCUGCUGAGGGAAAAGCUGUGGAGGACUGAGGAAGAGCUGCGACGAAUCCAGAAAGAAAGGGAGGAAGCUGAACUAGAGGAAAGAAGAGUUAGAAAGAUUGAGGAUGCCAGUAGGAUGAAAGCAGAAAGGACUCAGAAAAGGACAGGUAAUAAUAACUACCAUCACCCAAGCACUAAUGUGGGGAAAGAGGAAGAAAAAGAUGAGGAUGAUAGCUACCAGAACAAACCCUAUAUGAAGGAUUUGUGGGAUAAACCCUAUGGAAAGGUAAAGAGCAAACCCCAGCCAGAAGUGCAAUAUCAACAGAAUAGGGAUUCUUGGGAGAGUAGACUGACUCCACCACAUAAUGGACCUCUUAGACAGGUAGUCAGUUUAUACGGUGUUCCUGCCAGUGGACCUGCCAAUGUACCUCCAUUGUCCAUACCUACCCACAAGAAUGAAAGUGAAACAAGAUCGCUUGCUGAUGAUAACCCUGAAUCUUUGGGAGAGAGGCUGGUUACCUGCCAUUUGUGUGAGAGACGGUUCAUGGAGCAUCGUCUGGAGAAACAUUCUCAGAUCUGUAAGAAGAUGCAAUGUAACAAGAGGAAAGUGUUUGACUCCUCCAAAGCCCGGGCCAAAGGCACCGACCUUGAACAGUAUCUGCAGACAAAAGGAAAAGCCCCAUCCCCUGUUCCCCAGGUGAAGGGCAACUCUUGGCGCCAGAAGCACGAGUCUUUCAUGAGAACAAUUCAGCAGGCGCGUGUCGUGCAGAAUGUCAUUGCCAGAGGGGGCAAGUUAUCCGACCUGCCACCUCCUCCCCCAGAAGAGAACCCCGAUUACGUGCCCUGUCCUCACUGCCUUCGCCGCUUUGCUCCACGUGCAGCAGAAAGACAUAUUCCCAAGUGUGAGACUAUUAAGAGCAGGCCUCGUCCUCCUGUAAGCCGGCGCCGCUGACAAUGGUUUGUCAGAUUAUUUAUGUAUACUGUAUGUAAUAUGGUUUUUAAUAUUUUGUAUUUCUUUGGCAAAAAUAUACAGUUCCUAAUAAAACACAUUUUUUAAUAUAAAAUUAAAUCACCAUAAUGACCUAA